UGCGCAUGCGCAGCGGGUGUCCCUGCCGCGGCCUGGCUGCGCGGAGCUCGGCGGAGGCGGCGGGAUGGCGCUCACCAGUUUUUUACCAGCUCCAACCCAGCUGUCUCAAGACCAGCUGGAACUAGAAGAAAGAGCAAGAGCUCAAAGAUCUAGGCAGACUGCUCUGGUCUCCUCUCGAAGGGAACCUCCCCCAUACGGUUACCGUAAAGGAUGGAUACCACGGGCGCUAGAGGAUUUUGGAGAUGGGGGUGCAUUCCCAGAAAUUCAUGUGGCCCAGUAUCCAUUGGAUAUGGGCAGAAAGAAGAAAAUGUCCAAUGCUCUGGCUGUUCAGGUGGAUGCAGAAGGAAAAAUAAAAUACGAUGCAAUUGCUCGACAAGGACAAUCAAAGGACAAGGUUAUUUACAGCAAAUACACAGAUCUUGUGCCAAAAGAAGUCAUGAAUGUAGAUGAUCCUGAACUGCAAAGACCAGAUGAGGAAGCAAUUAGAGAGGUACUACAUGCACUGAUGUACCUAGUUAUCAGCAGUAUAUUGUAUGUCUUGCAUGCAGUGAUAAGACGCAUACUGUGGUAUUUUUGUCUUCAGAUAACAGAGAAGACAAGAGCAGCCUUGGAGAAAUCAGUCUCCCAGAAAAUUGCAGCAGCCAUGCCUGUUCGAGCAGCUGACAAACUAGCUCCUGCACAGUACAUUCGGUACACACCAUCUCAGCAAGGUGUUGCCUUCAACUCAGGAGCAAAGCAGAGAGUUAUUCGGAUGGUGGAAAUGCAGAAGGACCCUAUGGAGCCUCCAAGAUUCAAAAUUAACAAGAAGAUUCCACGUGGACCACCUUCUCCUCCAGCACCUGUCAUGCACUCUCCUAGUCGAAAGAUGACUGUGAAAGAGCAGCAAGAGUGGAAAAUUCCUCCAUGCAUUUCAAACUGGAAAAAUGCAAAGGGUUACACCAUUCCACUAGAUAAGCGUCUGGCUGCAGAUGGCAGAGGAUUGCAGACUGUUCAUAUUAAUGAAAACUUUGCCAAGCUUGCUGAGGCUCUCUAUAUAGCUGACAGAAAGGCUCGUGAGGCAGUAGAGAUGCGUGCCCAGGUGGAAAGGAAGAUGGCUCAGAAAGAAAAAGAGAAACAUGAGGAAAAGCUCAGAGAAAUGGCUCAGAAAGCCAGGGAAAGAAGAGCAGGGAUCAAAACUCAUGUUGAAAAAGAGGAUGGAGAAGCUAGAGAAAGAGAUGAAAUCAGACAUGACCGGCGCAAAGAGAGGCAGCAUGACAGAAACCUUUCACGGGCAGCCCCUGACAAAAGGUCAAAGCUGCAGAGAAAUGAGAACAGAGAUAUCAGUGAAGUUAUUGCCCUAGGGGUACCCAACCCCAGGCCUUCCAAUGAAAUCCAGUAUGACCAGAGGCUGUUCAACCAGAGCAAGGGUAUGGAUAGUGGCUUUGCUGGAGGAGAAGAUGAAAUAUAUAAUGUUUAUGACCAGCCUUGGAGAAGUGGCAAGGAUAUGGCCCAGAACAUCUACAGGCCAAGUAAAAAUAUAGAUAAGGACAUGUAUGGUGAUGAUUUAGAGGCUCGAAUAAAGACUAAUAGGUUUGUUCCUGACAAAGAGUUCUCUAACUCAGAUCGUAACACCAGAGGGAGGGGCAGAGAUGGACCAGUUCAAUUUGAGGAGGAUCCUUUUGGUUUGGACAAGUUUCUGGAAGAAGCUAAGCAACAUGGUGGCUCUAAACGGCCAUCAGACAGCAGCCGCCCUAAAGAACAUGAGCAUGAGAGCAAAAAGAGGAGGAAGGACUGAAGGCCUCUACUCCUUGAGAGGUAGAGAAAUGGACUACAAGCUUGGACUUCAUGCAAAAGGCAUUUUUAAUAUCGGAGGUGUAUAGGGCGAUGGCAUUGUAAUAUAGCAGUUCACAGCUCUUGUUGUGUGGAUAUAUACACACACCCUAAUUCUUCAACACAGAACAGCUGCCCCUGGAGAGUGGAGGAAUGGAGACCACUUUGAAAUAUUUCACAAGGGAAUUAUUCUUAGCAAGUACUCUGACUUUGCUUGUCUCCCUGUUGCCCAGCAUCUCAGGGUAAGAAUGUAGUCCCUUCCUACAGCUCUAGUUUUUUGUAGGUAGUGAAAGCUUUUACUUCAUCUGUUAAAAGCUUUCCUGCUGUAUAUAAUUACUGUCUUAUGCUAGGGAGUUUGAGUCUGGUUCUUUAGUGUGGCUGUAUAGUUUAUUUGAACAGCUGGAUUCUGUUUUAAAACAAAUACUCAUCCAUAGUUUAUCAGUAGUCUUUUAUUUUAGUUUCUUUGCAUUUAGUGAAAUAAAGCCUCCUUCCACCGCUCA